GUCAUUAAACUUCCCGUAAUCAAUUGCGCCCUCUUGAGUGUGAAUUUCCUUCCCUUGCUCGAGUGUCAGUUAAACAUGGCUGCCAGUCUUUCUGCCGGCGUUUUCUCUCGGUUUGCAACCAAGAAGUACCUCCUUUUGCCAGGCCAUGCAAGGCGAUGCAUCUCAGUGUCUUCAUCACUGGCAGCUCGAACACACGUCAGCUACGAGCUCAAGGACGAUGUGGCGGUUAUCCGACUCAACGAUCCAGCAUCCAAAGUGAACACACUGUCUGUGCAAAUGCAGUCUGAGUUGAAAGAAGUAAUGGGUGAGAUCUGGUCCAAUGGAGCUGUAAAAAGUGCCGUCCUCAUCUCCAGCAAGCCUGGCUGCUUCAUUGCUGGAGCGGAUAUCAAUAUGAUCCAGGCCUGUAAGAGCAGUGAGGAGGUUAGCCGUCUCUCCCAGGAAGGUCAGAAGAUGUUUGAGAAGAUUGAAAAGUCUCCCAUCCCUGUUGUGGCUGCCAUCAAUGGCUCCUGUUUGGGUGGAGGCCUUGAGUUUGCCAUAGCCUGCCAGUAUCGCAUCGCUACCAAAAGUCACAAAACAAUACUGGGGACACCAGAGGUCAUGCUUGGUCUGCUGCCUGGAGCGGGUGGCACCCAGAGACUACCCAAAAUGGUGGGUCUCCCUGGAGCGUUCGACAUGAUGCUGACAGGCAGAAACAUCCGGGCUGAUAAAGCUAAGAAGAUGGGGCUUGUGCACCAGCUUGUGGACCCUCUGGGUCCCGGUGUGAAGCCUGCAGAGGAAAGAACAAUCGAAUACCUGGAGGAAGUAGCAGUGGGCGUGGCUAGGGGAAUAGCCAACAAGAAGGUUCCCCUUUCAAAAGAGAAAAGUCUCAUGCAAAAGCUCCAGGACACAGUGAUGGGUCUUGGUCCAGUGAAGAAAAAGAUCUACAACACUGUCAGUGAGAAGGUCCAGAAACAAACUAAAGGACUUUACCCUGCUCCUGUCAAAAUCAUUGAGUCAGUCAAGACUGGAGUGGAGGAGGGAAGAGAAGCAGGUUAUCUGGCUGAAGCCGAGAACUUUGGGAAACUGGCAGUGACAUCAGAGUCCAAAGCCCUGAUUGGCCUUUAUCAGGGUCAGGUCACUUGUAAGAAGAACCGAUUUGGGACGCCACAGAAGGAAGUCAAGAGUCUUGCGAUUUUGGGUGCAGGUCUAAUGGGUGCAGGUAUCGCUCAGGUAUCCAUAGACAAAGGACUUCACACCAUAUUGAAAGACUCUGCAGUUGAGGGCAUCAGCAGAGGAGAAGAGCAGGUUUACAAAGGUUUGAACACUAAGGUGAAGAAGAGAGCACUGUCAUCGUUUGAGCGGGACACGACAAUGUCCAACCUCUCGGCACAGUUGGACUACACAGGCUUCUCGACCGCCGACAUGGUGAUAGAGGCCGUGUUUGAGGAUAUCGACAUUAAACACAAAGUCCUCAAGGAGGUGGAGGCUGUGAUCCCUCCUCACUGCGUGUUUGCCUCCAACACUUCCGCACUGCCCAUAAAGGACAUUGCUGCUGCAAGUAAACGGCCUGAAAAGGUGAUCGGCAUGCACUACUUCUCGCCGGUGGACAAGAUGCAGCUGCUGGAGAUCAUCACCACCGACAAGACAUCAAAGGACACGCUGUCUUCGGCGGUCAGCGUGGGUCUCAAACAGGGCAAGAUCGUCAUUGUUGUCGGGGACGGCCCUGGGUUUUACACCACUCGUUGCUUGGCUCCCAUGCUGGCAGAAGCUGUCCGGGUGCUUCAGGAAGGCGUUGGUCCAAAGAAGCUCGACAGCUUGACAACCAGCUUUGGCUUUCCUGUCGGCGCGGCAACGCUUGCUGAUGAAGUUGGCAUCGAUGUGGCAGCUCAUGUGGCUGAGGAUCUGGGGAAAGCUUUUGGUUCUCGUUUUGGAGGCGGGAAUGUGGAAGUCCUUAAGACCAUGGUGGAGAAAGGCUUCAAAGGCCGUAAAUCAGGAAAAGGCUGUUUCAUCUACGGCAAAGGCAAAAAAGACAAGAGUGUCAACCCCGAUGCUGAAAACAUCCUCAAGAAGUACCAUCUCUCUGCCCUUCCCGCAGUCUCAUCAGACUCUGACAUCCAGCAUAGACUUGUGUCUCGCUUUGUGAACGAGGCCGUGCUGUGUCUCCAGGAGGGAAUCCUGACCAAUCCAGUAGAGGGAGACAUCGGAGCUGUGUUUGGACUCGGAUUUCCUCCCUGCCUGGGUGGUCCAUUCAGGUUUGUGGACUCCUUCGGUGCCGAGCGUCUCGUCAGUACCAUGCGGCGCUUUGAGGAAGUGUAUGGAAACCAGUUCACGCCAUGCCAGCUCUUACUGGACCACGCUAAAGAUCCCAGCAAGAGGUUCCACAAGUGAUGGAUUUCUCAAAUUUUGCCUUAAGGUAACAAAAAUAUUAGAAAUGUCUCUCUGUAUGAGUUAGCUUUAUUUGUAAAAGCAGAAUAUUUUAUACAACUCUUGAAUUGGAUCUAAUGAUACCAGUUACGCUCAAUUAAACUCUGGAACCCUGAGGUUUUCAAAGUGGAACAGUAAACCUUCCUUUUAGGGAAUGUAAUAUUUUAGGGGUGUUCCGAUCCGAUAUUCAUGUCGGAUGUCUGUCUAUCAGCAAAAAGUGAUACCGUCUUGCAUUUAAAAUCUCCGAUACAAGCAGUUCUGCUGCAUGUUUACUUAUCUAUAUUUAUUUCAAUAAGCACACAAGGUUAUUUUUUCUGCUAUUUUAGUCAAGUCAUUUACAAAAGGUAAUAAACAUGGUAGGCAAUAGAUUACUUGGAGCUAGCAGCUACACAACAGCUUAGCACACAAUAGCACACAAGCUAGACAUACUGUACAUAAUAAUUAAAUAGUAUUGCAGUCUUAAACAGCACAUUUGUCAAUAUAAACAAGUAUCAAAUAAUUUAAAAUGUAUACUUUUAAAAUAUUACUCACAGGUACAAAGAAGAAGCGUAUUAGAAGGUGUUCAGUAAAAAACUUGUCCGCAUCAUUUAACUUACUGCAUCACGAGUUUAGCAUCAUGAAUUAUUGUGGCCUAUAGGUGUUGCCAAAACAAGAUACCACUCCACUUCAGUUUAAAGAGAGCAUAAAAAGUUGGUAUGGUAAAUAUUAAAUAUGUCGUAAGUCUAAAAUUUGUCAUACAAUGGGUCUCAGUUUUUUUGAGUGAAAAAUGCGCCAAGAUUGCACUACCAGCCUGAUAAGUCUGAAAGAGAAAGAGAUGAUAGAGUAUUAUCUGCUCACAGAUGCUACCUGGUGGUUGUUUGAGCACACUGCAGCUAGUCCCACUCAUUAGAGCUUCAGUCACACACAGGAUUCUCACAAGAAUGAGGCAAAAAUACAACCUUACCCUUCUACUGUGCUAUUGUUCUCUGAGAAAUGUUUGUAACGUUCCACACUAAAAUGUAAAAGUCUACUAUUGUUAUCGACGUUGGUCAAUAUCUGUAUCAUAUAGGAAGUGAAAAAGUUGAAUCGAGACACCCCUAAAUCAUUUUUAAUAUCAGUUUUCUACUAUCCCCAGAUUGUUUAGUUGCUGACUGUAGCAUUUACGUUGCCAAUGAUCCAAACAACUGAAGUCAGCUUAGGACAGGGGUGUCCAAAGUGUGGCCCGGGGGCCAUUUGCGGCCCGCAGGUCAUUUUUUUAACGGCCCCACGGCACAUUUUAAAAAUACGAUUGAAAAAAAUAGAAAAAACUUAUAAAGUGGUAUAAAAGAGCAAACAGGUGAAAUGUGACAAGAAAAUGUUGCAAUGUUUACUCUAAUAACACAAAGCUGCCUUGCAGGCUGUUUCUUUCUUUAAAAAAUAAUAUGAAUCAAAAUCAGUGUCAUUAUGAAUUAUUGACCUAUUCAAGGCUCCAAUUACGUUACAUUAAAUAUUCCACUUUGAGAUAUUUUUGGGGGAAAAUGUUGCAUAUUUUGUAUUUGCCAUAUAAAAAAACUGAGCUGUUUUUUUUAAAGAAGGGCCUAAAACGAACAAACAAAACACAUAAACAACAAUAAAACUUAUAAUUGACGGAUAGAUCUGAAGUUGAUCUCGAGAUUAUUGUGUUAAAAGUAAACAGUAAAAACAAUUAUAAUUUAUUUUUUAAAUUAUAAUUUUUUUUACUGUUCCUGUGGGAUCCCCAAUAAUUUUAGUGUGAUUUGUUUUUAAGUGUCAUUGCUCAAAAAAUAAUAAUGAAUUAAAAUCAAUGGUGUUAUGAGUUAUUGCCCUUUUUAAGGCUCCCAUUGUUAUAUAAUCUCAAAUAUUCCACUUAACAUUUUUAUUGGGUGAAAAUAUUGCAUAUUUUGGGCUUUUUCCAUAAAAAAACAGGGUUUUCUUUGACAAAAAGAGCAUACAACUUAAAUCUUUAAAAACUUUAUAUUGACUGAUAGAUAUACCUAGUAUUGAUCUAGAGAUUUAAAACUUGAAUAAUAAUAAAAAUAAUAAUACUGAAUAAUGACACAUUUUUAAUAUUUUUUUGACCAAAACCCUUUGGGGUCCCCGGGAUCAAGCCUGAGUAGAGGCCUAAAUGUAAAAAUAUUAAAAUGGCCCCCGCUUGCUUUGAUUUUUCAGUGUGCGGCCCUCAGUGGAAAAAGCUUGGACACCCCUGGCUUAGGAAGUUUAGGAAAAUAUGUUUUUUUAAAAAAUGUUGUUAAAUUAACCUGGUGAAUAGAAUUUGUUUUGUUCCAGUGAAUGUUUUUUUAAUUGAUCAAACGCUGUGUUCAUGAACCUUUUAGACACACAAUGAUGUCCUUGUUGCCUCCCUCCGUAUGUACAGUCCAAAACAAUGACAUUCAAUUUUGUCAUCUCUUUGCGCAUUUGUAUUAUUCAACAGUCCUGAAGAUGUUAAUAUGUCAUUUCACUCUUUGUAGCGUCACUGUGUUCAACGAUGAAGUGAAAUAAAUGUCAACAAGUAAAUUCAAGCAUGAUUUAAU